CCGAAGCAGUUGCAAAGCUAUUUUAAAUCCUUUCUGGUAAGCUUACUGUAAUUGCUUUACUCAUGUACUGUACUGUAUGCUAAACAAUCUCCUCUUGAGUAGGAUUGUGCCCGAUAGUUUUUUGCUGGAACUAGAAUGGCCUUUUACCUUUUAGACCCUGUGUUGCACUUUAAUGGAUUAAUUAUUAAGGUCUAACACCCUUCCAUUUGUGUCUAAUCACAAUCGAAUUUGUUGCAGAUAAUUUCAGUCACAUUGAUUGCCAUUCUUGAUUUUAUUGCAGUAUACACUACACAGAGUUUUGACUCCUUGUUGGUGCCUUUGGCAUUAUCAGCCAGUGCAUUAAGGAAGGCUGUCACCCCCAAAAUCAUUCAAAAUGGCGGGCUUAUUUGGGGGAUGAAUGUAUUUUGUUUUAAGUGCAAUGGCUCGGAACAUGGCAACCUGUUGUAGUUGGUUACAGAUUUACACUGAAUAGUCAUUAGGCCUAAAAAAACUAGCUGUGGUUCUGGUUUCAUAUCGCGAAAAAAAUUAGGGUUGGUAGAUCGGAAAUAAAUUUUUUUUUUAAAUAUUUUUUUUAUGUUUUUUUUUCAAUAAUUAGUGUGACAACAGACACCAUUUUGGCAGCAGCCCGCAACCACCUGGAGAAAAUUGGGUCGCACGGUCAAUUGCGUUGAAAAAAUAAUAGGGUCGUCAGAAAAAAAUAGGGUCUGUCGUGAACCUGAACCACAGGUAUAUUUUUUAGGCCUUACUCCGUGAUUUCAAGCAUGCACUGCUUAAACCAUACGGUUGCUUAAUUAAGUUAAUUUAUGCUCUCUAUUGUCUGCCAUAGUGGGUUAUGGAUUUACUGGCAAAGUUGCCUGUAGUGCUUAUUAUUGAUGUUUUUCCUAUUAUUUUAUAGCCAAGUGGACUACAGAGCAAAACUUUGGCACUGCAAUUUUUGCUUCCAGAGAAAUGCUGUGAGUUUUUUCUACUUUCAAUAAUUAUAUCAGAGACAAACACAAUGUGGUUUUGUUAAAAGAUAUUCAAGGAAAUUCUGGAAGGUUACAUGCUUGUCAUUCAAGAAAGGAGUCGAAAUAGUGUUCCAAGCUUGAAUGAAAACUGCAGCCUGUUACUUAUUGUGUCUAUUAUGCACUAGUCAUUCGAAACCCCCCAACCCCGGGACUAAGCGGAGUUUUAACAGGAUUUAGCAGAGGAAAUACAGGAUUUUAACAAACAUCGAUUUUCUAGUAGCCGGGUUUUAACACUAGCAAGAAGCAGUGGGGCAUGUGUGCCAGGUUUUAACGACCGGGUUUUAACCACCAUUUUACGUGUUUUUAUGGUCCAGCAUGGACGUUCAAGAUGACUUUCAGACGAUUUUUUCUUAUUCAAUAUUCCUUUAUUUUCUAAUUUCUACUGUGAAAAUCAGAGGAAAUUGAACAUAAAACUUUGUCCAGGGGAGCCAGGUUUUUUAAGUCCUUUAUUGUCGAUUUCAGGUAACUUUUCAACAUGCUGUUCCCAAGUUUGUUGCAAACUUGCCUAUUAUGUUGUCAAGUUUGGAAAUUAGGCGUGAACUUCACAACAAAGUUUGCAAGUUCAUUUCAAAGUUCGAACUUUGAUUGUAAACAAAUGUUCAUACUGUAGUUGGAGUUGAAAUUACUGCAUAAGGCCCUAUGCACGUAUUACUGCAGUAAAAUAUUGGUCCAGUGGUCUCCCAAGACGAAAAAUGCAUUUUUAAAUAAAUUUAUAAAUGAAAUUUUUACAUUUGUUUACAAAUAUCAAAGUUCAAACUUUGAAAUGAACUUGCGAACUUUGUUGCAUAUACUCAUUUCCAGUGGCUCUUGAAAGCUUGUUUUGCCCUAAUGGAUGACUCUAGCUAUUCACGAAAGUUUGAUCUAAACAAGAAGAACACAAUUUAUUACCAUAGCUGGACAUAGCAUCUUAAAAUGAGUAAAAUUGCAAAGUUUGGUUGUGAAUUGAUGUAAAAUGAGGAAAAUAUAGCCCUGUGACGUUCGCAAAUUUUGUAUAUACUUGCACCUGAAAAAUAACCAUUUUUGAGCCGAAAGUACAUGUAGUUAUUUUUACCACACGCAAUACAAAAUAUGUACAAAAUUUGCGAACUUCACAGGGCUAUAUUUUCUUCAUUUUACAACAUUUAGCAACCAAUCUUUGCCGUUUUACUCAUUCUAAGACGCACUUUCUAGCUGUGGUUUGGAUUUCAUUUCCCUUGCUUUAUAUUCUAAACCAUUUUAGUUGGUUGUUUCAUUCUUCUUGCCUUGGUCAAAAUUUAGUGUAUAUCUGGAAUCACCCAUUGUUUUAGUUCCAAGUUACUAGUAUCCCUUUGGAUAGUGCUGGGAGCCCUGAUAUAUAUAUAUAUAUAUAUAUAUAUAUAUAUAUAUAUAUAUAUAUAUAUAUAUAUAUAUAUAUAUAUAUAUAUAUAUAUAUAUAUAUAUAGUAAUAACAGUAGAUUCCAGCCCUCAAAAACCGUCAAAAUUGAGGUCGGCAAAAAAAUGCCGACCUACAUCUGACCCAGGUCGGCACGUCUCGGCAUUUUUCAAAAUGUGUUUCCAUCUUUUGGAGCACUAGUAAUCACAUAUGCGAAUCAUUGAAAUUGGAAUAUAAAGCAUGCCUUUUUCCGCGGAAACACGAACUACAGUAACACAACGGCUUUUCUUUUGAAGUUUUACCUAAAUUAAUUAUACAUACUAGAAUUUUUAAACAAUUUUUAAACCUUACACCAAAGUGUAUUUAGUUAGUGGAACUGUGAAUCGAAUUCUAUAUCGCUGACUUUUUAACAGCUAUCAGCACCAAAAAAGAUUCUUACUUUGGCUGAAUUAAGGUCAGUAAAAAUUUGCCGACCUGGGAGGUUGAUACAGUAGGUCGGCAUUGCCGAAUGCCAACCUUGUUUUCGGUGUAAUAGUUUGACAGGGUUUACAGAUUGGUUGGGAGUAAGAGCUUUGGCAUCAGAGAAUGGCAAUUCUUACAGCCUGUCACUUGAAGUCUGCAAACACUAAUGCUGACUGUGUUUAUUCUUCCUGUAGUUUCCUCCACAGUAUGCUGGUAUCAGUGAACAACAUCAACCCGCUGAACUUAUUCCCCAGUUCUCUACCAUUGAGUAUACUUUACAGGUAAACUCUAUCUACAGUACUACAAUAUAGAUUAACAAACAUAGCAGAAGAGAAGAUUACCAAAUGCCAAUAGAGCCUAGCAAAAACUAUCUUGUGCUUCUUGUUUAUACUUUCCUGUCUGACACUUUUCUGCCGACCCUAAUAUGUUUUGGAUGUGGUUGCGGUUGUUUCACCUUCUGACCCUGUUUUUUUGUUACUUGCUUUAUAAUACAACAUGAUACCAUAAAUGUGGUGUCCGUUUUAACACUUAUUAUUUUUGGAAAUGCUUUAUUUGUGUUGUGACAGUGCUAACUAAUCACUGAUGAUGAACAUUGCUGAUCAAUGUCGUGCAUUGUUGAUCAAUGUUGUGCAAGCAAAAAGAUUUUAAAAAAAGUUUUCAGACCCUACUCUAAUUUGUUCGGGAUAUGAAACCAGAACCACACAGGGUGUGAAAAUUGCAGUAUUCCAAUCGCAGGAUACUAAAACACAAGCCUUGAAAUAGCGCCGGACGUCGGACAUUUGUGUCCGGCUAAAAAAGUCAAAAAUCGAUUUUGUCCGGCAAAACUUUCGAUCUGUGGGACAUUUUGUCCGGCGGAAGAUUUUUAUUGCCACAUAAAAUUUAUUGCCACACACAUUAUGCUGUGAUAAAAUGUAUAUGUUGCCCAUUUAUGCCACUCGUCACGUCAUAUAUUGAUUAAGCAUUCUACAUAACAUAGGCCAUUACUGAUUACUACGCACAGUGCGGCGCUGUCACAAGGUGCCUAACCCAUGAAAUUCAACGGUUUUAUAAAAAGUAGUUUAAAAAUGAUGAAAUACUAAUAAAUGUUUACUGUCAAACGACAAAGACAAAAGGCACCUGAUCUCUGGUUCCAGGAAUAGUGCGAUCGCCAAGGAACGAUUUGAUCCGUGUAAUAUUCGAAAAAUCUUGAAGAUCGGCAUUCAUAUAUAACUAGAACAUAAUGUCCGGAAAUUUUAUCCGGCGCACCGAAAAUAAUUUUUAUUUCAAGGACAAGGCUUGUAACAGUAUAUCCCGACUGGCUUUGAACACUAUGAGUCCACUGGCGUCUUGAAAAUAACCACCAGCCUUUGAUUUCCAGCUUGGUGCAUGGUCUAGUUGUUGACUGUUGAGUCUCCGUUGUUAUUGUAAUUUAUGACAAUGAGAGGCCAAAAUUUAUGGUAACCAAUAUGCAGAAGUGGGAUACUAGAUUCUCAGAUGGGAUACUAGAACUUUUGAUUACAGUAACUCUGCUUAUUAUUACGGAUAAUUCACAACUAAAAUGAUUUUCACCUCAGCACCAGCGUAAUUGAUAUUCAGCUCAGCACCAGUGCAUGGUGGUAAUAUUGAUUUUGUAUUUUGAUAGCGUGGCAAUCCAGGACCAUUGAUAUUUUUACUUGUUGUUGACACUUGUAUGGACGAAGAAGAUCUACAGGCUGUGAAGGUAUAUGUGAUGUGUUGCACUGUUACAUGGUGUUAAAGGGGCAAUGUCACCGAUUUUUGACCUAAAAUACCGUUUAUUCAAAAACUGAACUACAAAGUUAAAAAUAAACAUUGUAAAUGGAUUAAGUUAUGAUAUAUAAGUCAUAUUAAACAACUUUGAACUUCCACGAAACAUGUAAUAUGACAUUUUCAUAAAAAUUGACUAAAACUUGAAAAAGUGUCUGCCAACAAUUAAUCAAGAUGCCAUUUACAAUCCAUCUCAAUCCUGGCGUAAUCUUGCCCAUCCAGACUUCUGUACAUGUUUUUUGUGUCUGUUAUUGCUUUAUUUUGUGCUUACACUCAUUCUUUUUCAGUUUUGGGCAAAAUUUGCAAGAGUUGGAAUUGCCCAAAAAUCGGUGACAUUGCCCCUUUAAACACUUCUUACAGUUUACCGCUAAUUCAAUAAUUCUCUAUUUCAUCUUACUUUUCACUAAAAUGUUCCGAACUUCGCAAAUUCGUUGCAAAGUUCAAAAGUUCAUAAUGAAGUCACGAGUCGGUUUGUAAACUGGGCAUUUGAUUGUCUGGUUUGAUUUACAGUAGUAGCCAAGAGGCUUUGUUUACAAGCCUACUUGUCAAUUUUAAUAAAAUUCACAAGUAGGUUUGUAAACAAAGCCUCUUGGCUACCACUGUAAAUCAAACCAGACAAUCAAAUGCCCAGUUUACAAACCGACUUAUGACUUCAUUAUGAACUUUUGAACUUUGCAACGAAUUUGCGAAGUUCAGAACAUUUUAGUGAAAAGUAUAAGUUGAAAUCGACAAUAAGGUUGUCUCUGAAGGUCCUUCGACCAGUCGACCUCUAAGCGCAAAUGCACAAUGGACGUGUUUGUUAUUAUGAGAUUACUUACUGUAUGCAUGCAUGUUAGUACUAUAUUUUGCUAAUAAAGUAUAUUUCUAAUAUUUAUGCAAAUCGAUCAAGUGAAUUUAAUUCCAAAGGAGUUGAGCAUACUCAUAAAUAACAUUCUUCAACGUUGAAAAGUUCAAAAAUCCCAUGAAUUCUGUCGGGUUUGCUACUGAAUUGGGUUAGACGGGCGAAUAAAAUCCGAAAUACAGUAGGUGAAAAUCACAGGAAUUCGUUAAUUAUAAAUCGCCUUUUUACGCAAUUUAAGCAAAACACCUUUGGGACUUAGCAACCGUAACUACGGAGUGUCGGAAGUAUGAAUUGCAUAUUGUAUGCAAAUCCAUCAUGCUUUUCGCGCUUAGAGGGCGAGGGUUUUGAUAUUUUUUUAUUAACUUUACAAUCAUAUUAUAUAAAAAAAUACACAUACAGCUAUGAUUGAAGGAUUGGACAACAGAACUAGAAUCCCAUACUAACGCCCGUAUUCUAAAAGCUCACUCACGCUCACACUCAAUGAGUGGAAGUUCAAUAUGAGCUUCUCUCGCGUGUCAUGGCUGUUUUUGAAUAGCUGGAGGGUUAGUGUCAUACCUUACUAUGUGACUACUCACCCUCCAGCUAUUCAAAAAGAGCAUUGACACUCAAGAGAAGCUCAGAUUGAACCUCCACUCAUUGAGUGCGAAUGACCGAGUGUGAGUGACCUUUUAGAAUACGGGCGUAAGUCCAUCCAUCUAACACUAAAACACGACAUAUUACGGACUACAAACUGGACAACGUAAAUACUGAUUUUACAGGCCUUUGCACUAUAUAAAACAUGCAAGAAUAAAUACAUAACUACACUGUACUGUGAAAUUAUUUGUUAGGUUCAGUUUUGGCCCCCACCACCACCAGCACCACUAGUUAGAAACCACUAACCACUUACAAUUUGAAAUGACAACCUUAAUUGAAUUAGCUGUAUACACUGCAUGUAGUUUUACACACUGUUACAUUAUCCCAACUAACUUUGUUGCUAUUCUGGAAUCUAACUUUUUCAGGAAUCUCUGCAAAUGUCAUUGAGUUUGAUGCCACCAAAUGCCUUGGUUGGAUUGAUCACUUAUGGCAAGAUGGUAAGGAAGAGUUGCAUAAAAAUUAGUUAUCCCUUGGAUCCAGUAAAAUAAUAAUAUAAUAAUUAUUAUAUUUAUUCAGGAUACCCACAUCACGUGCUGUACAGUACGUGUUUUUCAAUGGGGUCCUGCGUCAAAAUUAGAAUUAUUUACAAUAAUUUGUCAAUGUUUAAACCCACACCGGGCAGGCUUGAAAAAUAUGCCAGGCCACGGUGGGAUUCGAACCUACGACCUUUGGAAUACUAGCCCAAUGCUCUGCCAACUAUAGGUUUAUCUUGGUAGUGGCGUUCGUAUAGAAACGCAGGCUUCUGAUUGGCUUACACUCGUUGACAAAAUUACUAAAAAUAGCAAAUGUCAACAACAGCAUUUUGAAGAAUUUGAACUUUAUUCAUUUUAAUAUUAUAUAUUAUAAGACUAUCGAACAAAUAAAACUAGAAAUGGAAACCAAAAGCAAUAGCAAAGCAUCACAGCAAAAAGUCUAUCAUAAAUGACUUGAAUCUAUCGCUUAAAUCCAAUAUACGAAACUAUAACAGCAUUCUGAACUUCGUCUUCGGAUUGACAUCAGACUAUAGUAUAGUACAUUUUGAGGUCGUCGUGGCUUCACGGAUUAUUCUCAUUAGUGAGCAAGUCAGCAAGCGAAGGCAUACAAAAGAUACCCAAAUAUGUACGAAUAAUUAUAUUCGGUUGAUCCUCGCUGGCAUGUCAUUUAGAUAAAUAUAUAUCAUACAUUAAACGUUGUACUAUUUACUGUAUAAACUGCUGACAAUUUCGUCGUCGAUAUGGCUUCCACUAUUGGCACACUCGUGAUUUCGAAGAAAUUAAUAAAUACAUGCUCAUCUAUCAUUUAUUUAGACCACAGUUAGUAAAAUUUUAGACGUAUUCGGUAUUCCAAAUCCCAAUCUAUCUGACCGUAUUUUAGUAAUAGCUUCAAAUAUUCAGAACAUUGUUCUUUCAGUCGCACAUAGUACAAGUAUUACUGUACAUUCAAUGCCAAUGGUAGAAUUUUAUUCGGCUUUAUAUUUGUAUGUGUAUUGAUAUCUAUUUAAUAUUUGAAGAAUUCUAUAUUUUUCCGAGUAAUAUAUUGUGCGGCCCGCUAAUGCUUUGUAUUAUUGUUCAUAUAACAUUAUGUAUACAUUUUAAUAUUCAGUAUUUCUUCGUUGCACAAUGUACACGCCUUGCGUCAAUUUGACAGUUGACAGUUUAUUUAUCGCAGUCGACGCUGAUUGGUUCGCGUUUAGCAGAUGCGAAAAGGGGAUGACUGAAUAAAACGCAUGGUUCCGUGCAGGCUCACCUUUCUCCCAGUGAGCCUGUUCGCAGGCUAACAUCAUUCAUGAAAUGUGAUUUCCCCGAGAACUGUGAAUGUAUUCCAUGAUUCUCGAAGUGAAAUUUGCUCACGUCAUCUUUAUAUACGCUUGUUUGUUUACGAUCUGACGUCAAGACACGUUCCUAACAAAUGAGUCAUCCGCUGCACAAACAAGCUACCAAUAGUCAAUAUGGUUAUGCACUGCUAACAACCGUCAUGCUCUGCUAAUGACCAUUAUGCACUGCUAAUGACCAUUAUGCACUGCUAAUGACCAUAUAAUGGUUAUUUUACACAAUGGUUGAGAAAUGAGUCACAGUCCCAAACAUUUUGACGAAAUAACAUCUUUAUUUUCGGCAAGUUGUCCUUUCGGCAAACUGUCCGUUCGGCAAAAUAUCCGUUCGGCAAAACGUCCGUUCGGCAAAAUGACCGUCGGCAAAAUGUCCGUUCGGCAAAAUGUCUUUCGGCAAAGUGUCUUUCGGCAAAUUGUCUUUCUGCAAAAUGUCGGGGUACCGUUCCGAAAUAUCACUUACUCGAAACGACCAGACCGCGUAGCUCAGUUGGCAGAGCAUUGGGCUAGUAUUCCAAAGGUCGUAGGUUCGAAUCCCACCGUGGCCAGGCAUAUUUUUCAAGCCUGCCCGGUGUGGAUAUAUACUCAGAGUAACAUCACACAAGCAUCUUAUUCACCUGAGUACAUUACACCAACACAGCAAAUAUAAUGUUUAAACCGUUUAAAAAGUACAAAUAUACAUGCACGGUACAACAAUGAUAAAACGAACAAUUAAUUUAUAAUUCAUAAAUUAUGAAUUUAGUCAAUAAGUGUGAAAUAUGCCUCAAUAGGAAAAGAAAGAAAGUUGGAAUAGAACUUUAAAAUCUACGUGUUUCAUGCUUGGUUUCCGUAAACAAAUUUAGUGAUCAGUGUUUUUGACAUAAGAGCUGUGUUCAGAAUUUACUGAUCAAUUUCUCUGAUUAUAUUUUUCAAUUGAUGAUAAUUGUAUUUCAGGUUCAAGUUCAUGAAUUGGGAUGUGAAGGUUGCUCAAAGAGUUAUGUUUUCCGAGGAACCAAGGACUUGAACUCAAAACAGAUACAGGUUAGAUUGGGAUUGGAUUUCUGCGAUAUGCAGGUGUCUACGCGUGGUUAUAGCGCUGCUCUUUACCACUGAGAAUAGUUAACUGCUACUGUGGUAGGUAGAGGGUAGGGAACUUAGGUCCUGUUUAUAUGAUGCUUGUUUUAUCCAAAUUUCACGAGAAACCAUCGUAUUACAUACGUAUUACAGUACUAAUGUACUGUACAUUAAAAUGUUCGAGACAAUUGUGGUUGCAACUUCAAGGGCGGAUUUUCAUUUGUUUAAAAGGAGGGGUAGAAAUAUCUCUGGUGGGUUGCAAGCAGUACCACUCGGUGAGCUUCGGUAGGCGUUUGGUUUAAAGCCUUUCACACAAAAUAGGAGAGGUGAAGCGAAAUUUUGGUGGGGUUGGACACUUUAUUAGAGGGAUUAGAGAGAUUCUAGGGGGGGGUGGGUUAACCCCCCCUCCCCAGUAAAUCCACCCAUGUCCAACUUACGUUAAUAGCGAAUCUUCCAUUGACAAAGUUUUCCUGCCUUUGUUACAGUAAUAUCAAAUUAUACAACGCUAACGGCUUUAAAAUUUCACUCAACUGUAUAAGUUAUGCCAUAUUUUCCACUCGAGCUCAACUCGUACUUUAUGUAUAGCGCGGCCGCCAUAUUUAUUUUGUUUUGAAGCAAUCUGUGGCUGUUACUUGAGGAUUGCUCUAAACUGAUUGGUGGAUUUUAGGUCGUAUUGUUUUCCACCAGAUCAGUUUGUUACAGAUUUUUACAAAACUAAGUAAAAAAGUGUUCUAAUUUCAAUUACCGGACAAAACCCGAAAUUAGUCCACUUUUCUAACUAAAUGUUUAGUUUGAGUCAUGUUAAAUUACCAAAAGCUGUUUGGGUGUUAUUCACAACAUUUAAGCUGGGGCGGGCGGUCAUGAAGUACAUUAAGUUUGUAGCAUUUCAAGUAAUGCAUGGUCUUAACAGAACCUCAGUGAUAAAAAUGUUUGAAACAGAUUUGAAAAAGCUCGUUCAUUUGUAGUUUAUUCUCUUACCAUAUUUUAUCUGUUUAGCAAAUGCUUGGGUUAGGUGCUGGUGCUCGCCAACCCAAUGCUCAAGCUGGUGCUCGUGGGCAGAUACCAUCACAAGGCAAUGAUAUUUUUAACAGGUUGGUACAGUACAUGUUUGUAUGCAUCCUUUUCUACACAUAAACAACGUGAUCAGAUGUAUAUUGUAGUUAUUUUUAAUUAGCAAUUUUCUCAAUCUUCAGGGUUUUACUUAUCAGGUGGUAAACGAUAAAAUUUACCAUUUCCACGACUACUGAUUACCGCCUGGAGAAGCCUAGAGUUUGUGUACAUUGUUAAGAAAUAAUUAGUUGUGCAAAAAUCCUAUAAUCAAUCAGGUAUUGCUGAAAUUCCACACUAAUAAUGUGUUAGUAUCGAUUCAAAUUGGAUGCAGAAAUGUCCUAUAAGCCCGAUCGAUUAAGAACAUUUUUUUGCGGGGGAAUGAGUAGUUAAAUAACCAUAAAUGUUUAUUUAAUAAGGCUUCUUGUUGUAAAAUGGUGUUUGUGUAAAUGGUGUGUUUAGAAUAUAAAGAGUCUCACUCGAUUGAAUAAUAGUUGAAGGGUAUGGUAUACGUGUAGAUGUAAAUUACUGAGUGCAAAUUUUAUAUGCACUUUAUUAACGCGGAUUUUAAAAAUUCGCGUUAAUUUAAUUAAUGUUAAUUUAUGUGAUCGUUAAUGUUAAGUAUGUAAUUUUCAUUUAUCGUUACUUAAAAUUACCUAGAUUUGUUUUAUAUAACACUUAUUCUAACUCUUUUAAUAUCAAAAUACAGCAUAUUAACGUAAACUAAAAACAUCAGUGCUCCUCUUAACAUUAAACCUUUGUUGUUGUUGUUGUGUCUAUAUUUUCCGAUUCGCGUUAAUUGAAUUAAUUUGUUAACCAUGGAGAUCAGAUCGCGUUAAUAUAAUCAUGUUUUAAUUUGAUGUCGCAUUAAUUUAUGUCUGGUUAAUAAACUGCAUCGUUAAUGUCCUAUAAUAAGGUGUGUACAUUUAUUAGACUUGACCAGGAACAGCUGCGAAAAAUGAAACUCUACGUCCUCUGGCAGGAAUCGAACCUACUUGGAAGAAUCUUCAACUUUUGAUAUUUUCGGAAAAUUUCCUGUCCGUGAAAAGUUUUCUUGAAAAUGGAAACGGGCCUUGACCAACUGAGCUACAGAGUCCAGUUGUCGAGCUCGAACCACAAGUUCAUUGUAAAAAUCUUUAGUAUUCUAUAAAAGUUUCGAAAUGCAGGCAAUGCCAUUUCAGAGACUCACAAUUUUCCGGUGGUAUGCCUCGGACCCCCUAGAAGUUUGUAGGUACGACAUGACGCUUAAACCUGUUUAAAAACCUGUUUUAUCUGUCCCGCUCACAACUAUCGAGGACGAGAACCCUGAUAGAGUUUGUAUAGGCUAUCAGAUACAGAUCGGCUGCUCAUGUUUUAUCUAGUACUUACACAAUACAUAUCAAAACUUCCAAAAGGGACAAGCUCAACUCUCAUUGUUAUUCCACUUAAUUUUCUAGAUUUUUGCAACCAGUGCAUAAAUGUGACAUGAGUCUGACAGAUUUGCUGGGUGAACUACAGCGAGAUCCAUGGCCAGUGAGUACUGGAAACCGACCAUUAAGAUCAACUGGUGUUGCCAUGUCAAUUGCUGUUGGGCUGCUUGAGGUAGGUAGAAUAAAUACAGAAUCAGUUUAAAUUAACUUAACUUAUGCCGCGUUUACACUAUGACGCUACGGUUAACACUCCAUCAAAAAUUUACUGCGUUUCUAGUAUUGAGACAAUAUUGUGUGUUUUAUUGGUUAAAUAUUAUUGGUUUGCCGCAGCGUACUAACAACGAACCACUACAGUUGCCACUCUGAAUACAAAUCCACUACGUUUCUUAGUAUUGUGUUUACACUAGAACGGUGUGGUUUGCCGUAGCGUAUUACAGUCAAACCAGAUGUUCUCAUGCAAGCAACAUUGCAAUGUUGUCCCACAAUAUUGCAAUUUUGGUAUGCAGGUUGCUCUGAGCAAUAUGCAAGCGGCGAGAACAAAUUGCAAGUUGAAAUUCACAAAAGAUUUGUAAACAAAGCCUUCUGAUUGGACUAUUAGUAAAAAGGAAGCCAAUCAAAUAGUCUGAGCAACUGGAUUGGUGCUUCCCUUUUUCUUAUAGUCCAAUCACAGGCUUUGUUCACAAAUCUUUUGUGAAUUUCAAGUUGCAAUUUGUUCGUAUCGCUUGCAAAUUGCUCAGAGCAAUCUCCCUAUCAAAAUUGCAAUAUAUUGCAAUGUUGCUUGCAAUAGAACAUCCGGUUUGACCGUAACUACAGAUCACUACACGUUUGGCACUCCGGAUGCAAAUUACGACGCUACUGGUAAAUUUGCCGUAUAGCGUCCUAGUGUAAACGCGACCUUAUAGUUUGGCGAGACUUUUUUAUUUAUUGGUUUACGGAUUUGACUUUAAAAAUAAGAGGUCGGUAGGUCGGAAAAAAAAUUUUAAAAAAACGAACUGAGUAUAAAUGAGAACCGAAAUUCAUAAUAAUCUUUAUAAAAUUUUUUAACGUCAAUUUAAGAAAAAAAAACGCAAAAAACGUGGCUAAUCUACAUAUUGAUUGUCACAACGAUAACGUGAGCCAGCAGUACCUAGAGUCGAAGUUCACUUGAAGUGUACUUCAUGUCAGAACCCCAAAUUAAUCAUGACAUCCAAUUUUUUUUUUAUUUUUCACUUUCUGAAUAUUUACGGUCGGCGGAUCCGUAAACCAAUGAAUAAAAAAGUCUCGCCUUACCAGUCUGUCGAAAUGUGUUUUGAAAUUUAGAUAUGGGGGAAUCUUAAAACUAAACUCUGACGGCUGAAAAAUAUAUUUUCUGUAUAAUUUGCUUAUUCAGCUAUUGUAUUAUAUAUCUCAAAAAAUAAUGAAUUUUCUAGUUUCGUAUGGCAAAUAUAAAUUACAUAAAUAAAAGAUCUGCAAAAACUAUAUAUUAUAGAAGACAUUUAAACGGUUUUACUUUAAAUGCUUGUUUAAUAGGUUCGCUUAUUUGGUUAGAUGACCAAUGGGUCUAUUAUUGAAUCGAGCAUUAUUAAAAACUGUAUAAUUUCAUUAAAUGAUAAUAUUGUUGGUGUUAUAAUUUCAGUGUACGUACCCAAAUACCGGAGCCAGAAUUAUGACCUUCAUUGGGGGUUCUUGUACUCAGGUAAGAAUGUCCACUGACAGUACGUUACUCCACAUUGUUUUACAGUACAGUCUAUAGCAUUGCAUCACAUUCCCCAACACCAUUUCACAUUUCAUUAACGCUACAUGUACAUUACAUUUUGUAUAACUCCUCACUAAAUUAUCGUCAUCACGGGGCGUCGGUGGCGCAGGUGUCAAAGCAUGGAUUGUAAAAUAACUGGAUAGGAAACUUCUGACGACAUUGACCUCAUCCUUGUUGAAAAACGUGACGUCACGCGUAUUGCGAAUGUUACCAAAGUUCUCGGCAUUUUUGUUGUUCUGCUAUAUUUUCCACUUUAAAAGGGUGAUAUUGAAGCAUAAACUGGUCUAAUUGUUUUAAAAACAUGCCUAAGUCCACGACAAAGUAUUCAAGGUAAAUGUUUUUCGUCUUUGUUUUGUAUUUUUUUUUACAUUUGUAGCUACGAAAUUGGCGUCACAAAUUUUAGCGAAAUUUUCACUGUUUAGUGCUUGAAAUAUUUGCCAAAAUUGACUGGGAAUACUUAGAGUUUUCAUCGUAGAAUGGCGUGGUUAUAUUUAUUUUCUCUUUGACUAAAAUGUUUAGCUGUAUUAUUGCUAAACAUGCCGUUUUUGAGAAUUUGGUUUGUAACUAGGUUUCAACAUCCAAUCACGCCAUCAGCCCAUUGAAAACAUUAGGUCACGUCAGCUAGUUUCCUAUCCAUUUAUUUUAUUAUCCAUGAUCAGAGGAAGAGCCUUUCACCUCUGAGAUCGUGGGUUCGACACUCGCUACGGACUCGUGUGAAAAGAGUCAGUCGACGCUCUGCAGAAAGUCAUCAGGGAAAGUUGAUAGAGUGGGUUAGGAUAAACAUUCAGUACUUAGGAAAGUAAUUAAUAACAUCUCAAUGGACUUUAACCUUAUAACUAAAAUUUUGAUCUAGACAAAAAUUUCAUCACAGCUUGAAAGAGCAUCACAAAAUUAGUAAUAUUCCGAAGUUUCGUUGCGAAAUGUUGUAAAAUGCGGAUAAUAUAACCCUGCGAAAUUUGCAAUUUUCAGUAAUUUUGUAUUACAAACGGGAAAUUGAUACCCCAACACCCGAUUGGGCUGUCAAUUUCCCGUGCGUUACACAAAAUGACUGAAAAACGGCAAACUUCGCAGGGCUGUAUAUUAUCCGCAUUUUACAACAUUUCGUAACGAAACUUUGGAAUGUUACUAAAUUUGUGAUGUUCUUUCAAGCUGUGAUGAAAUUUUUGUCUAGAUUAAAAUUUUAGUUAUAAGGUUAAAGGUCCAUUGUUAUAAAGAUAAAUACUCUGGGCUAAGUAUAAGUAACAUGAGCCUAAUACUUGAUGUAAUCGGUCACUGAAAAGCCCCAAUGGUAAUUUUGAAGCUGUUGACAAAUGCAACACGAAAUGUUUGCAUUUGAGUAAAACAAAAAUUGAUGAUUUUGCCAUAUGCAGGUGUGUAAAUUUGAUACGGUUAUUUAUACUGAAAAAUUCCAAUAUAUCGUAAAUUUUGGCAUAUCAGUAUGAUUGAAAAACUCGUACCGAUAAACCGAUAUUGGUUUCAAUACCGAUAUUUUCGGUAUAUCGGUGUACCGAACAUUCCUAGUUCUUGCUAAGGUAAAUGUUGUACACGAUUCGGUACAGAAUGUUUGUACAGAAUAUUUUAACGAAGUAUGGGUUUUUAGGGUCCUGGAAUGGUGAUAGAUCACGAGCUGAAGAAUCCAAUCAGAUCUCAUCAUGACUUGGAGAAAGACAAUGCACCAUACGUGAGGAAAGCUUGUAAGGUAAAAUCAUUUAUGAUAGUAAAGUAUUGA